GUACUUUUAUCAAUGCCCCGCAGUUCUCUACGUGUUGAUCUCCUGAGAACAGAUUGUUUUCGAUGGUAAAGAGCGACGCUAUAUGUAGUUGGUGCAGACGUUUAUGUAGAUUGACCUUUAAAGUGUUUGUGAAAUUUUCAAAGGUUCCACAAAACUAAAAAGCAACAUUUGUGCAGUGUAAGAUUUGUAAAAGGUUGCUAAUACGUAACCAAUGCAAAAUUGUGAGGUUAGGUCGUUAAAAAUUACUAGACUGUCCAAACGAUGUGCUUAUCGUUCUACUGUCUAGCCCUAGAGAAUUGGUCAUUCGUGUGAGUUGCUGAGUCGAUACGUUUGGAUCUCUUCACGUAGGUGCCACCAUGCAGUGUUGCCAAAUUCUUCAAGAAGACAGAAUGUGCUCCAAAGCGUGAUAUGAAUGCGCCCAAUUUUUUUACCAACUGUAAUAAAUUUGAUUUUUGCGUUUUUCAAUUUUGAUUUUAACGAUCUUUUCCUUGUGUUGUAACGUAAUGGCCUUAAUAAAUCCUCGCGAAGUUUUGGAACAUCUAAACGAAUUGGGUUUUCAUAACAUUACUCGAGAACAAUUAAAAGUUUUUCUACAAGAUUUAAAACGGCUUAUUAAAUAUGAAAGUAAAUCCAAGGAAAAAGAAAACGAACCUCCAUGCCCUUGUAAUAGCGAAACGACUCAUUAUGCUCUACCUACUAAAAGUUGGUUAACCAAACAGAGAGAACUGGGUCGGGGUAAGGUUUUAUUGGAAGUCAAUCGUCCACUGCCACACUGCUCAGCCGAUGGGAACAGUACGAUAUGUAGUGGUAAAAACUCGACAAGGACCUCGGGACCGUGUAGCAAUUUAUCCCCUUGCGGAUCACAUUGUGUAUUAUACAAGACGCACGGAUCAAGCGCACCUGAUAUUUUGAGGAUUGAUGAUAUCGUGAAUCCACCUUCACGAGCGAAAUCGUGCGAAUCUUUCUGUAAGCCCAAAAAUCCUGUAAAGUAUAAACGAAAAACAGUCAUUCACCCACGCGCUCCUCCCAAAAUUACGAAAUGCGAUCCCGUAACGUUGUAUCACAAAUACCAAGAGCAAUGGAAGAAGUACAGCAUACCGGGUGAGAGUGAUCAUGCAGAUUUACGAUGGUCCAUCCGCGAACGUCUUUUAGGACAACCUGAACUCGUAUCUUCGUCAUCAUUAGAGACAGUCUCUAAAAAACAUUCUGCAAGAUCGACUUGUCCAUGUGAUUAAUUUUUGUACUUUUUUGUGACGUGCACAUUGUGUAGAUUAUUAGGACAAUAAAAUAAGCAUUUUAAUUAAA